AACAACUUAACAAGUCUGUGAAUUGUAAAUUAUCGCGGUUUCCCAUCCUCUAAGCAUCCCUUACUUACUUACCAGGGUGACAAGGCCAGUUAAAAACCUUGAAUUCACAACCAUAACACAGUACAAUGUAGCGAAAGGAGGGAAUGAACUAAGAAGCUAAGAAGACCACAAAUGAAUCGUUAGAGAAGCUGCAGUACGAUAACAUGACCACAAGUUCCUGGCAGCGAAGGGAAACAUGUGGAGAAGCAGUGCAUCAGGUAACAGCUAGGCGGCGGUAGCGUUUAAACACUUUCUUGCUCCUCUGUGUUUGGAAAGUGGUGCUUUUUGUCUCUCUACAAUGACUUAGACGCCGCAGUGCAGGAUAAGUGCUGUGUGAGUCUGUGAUCAGCUGCUGGGAGGGAAGUGGAGAAAGAUGAGUCGUGGGUGGAUGCACCGGGCCCUUGUGUUUGCUUCUGUCUUCGCCGGGGUGUGUGAUGGCAGCCAGCAGAACACCCACGCCACCAGCAUCACCACCGCAGAACCAUUUCCUCUGCUGCUGCGCGGGGAUUGGUUCUCGUGGGAGGAAGGCCGGGAAGUGGACACGAGCAUCAGUGAGGGGUGGGUUGAGAGUCUUGGCCAGCCCGUGGACGCCGCCCAGCUUCGCCGCGACACCUUCCAGUACGUCUUCUCCCACCAUCAGUGCUUCGUCUGCGUCCGUCUGCUCGUCAGAUCUUGGAACAUCCUGGAGAAGCUGGAAGGGCCGUGUGUGAGCGAUGCAGCGGCGGCGUGUCGGUGGCUGGAGGGGAGGCGGCAGUCAGGCGUGAUGCUGUUUAGAAGUGACCCGACCCCCAUCAACUGUCGCCCAGCCCUCCAUGGCCUCUUCCACUUCGCCUGGAAGAACAAGUUUAGCUUUACGGGGGAGUGUAACCACCCAGAGGCAAUGGUGAGGUCAUGUCAGAAACCAGGCAGCCAGUUUCUCAUUGACAGCCAGACAUUCACCAUCAAUUUCAAGAAGUGUGAGGGCGUCGGAAACUCCUUUGAUGCUCUUCGGGAGUACACGUGCCUUGGUGACUGGAAGGUGGGGCGGAACCAUUACUUUGCUGUCGCCAACACGAAGGAGUCUCGCAGGGAGGAGCGCUACCGAUGCUUUGUGCGGGACCGGGAGGACGACCUGUACAUGGGACUGUCCAUUACGCCAGAGUGCUCAGUGCUCAAGACGCCACAGAGCAGCCCUGUAAAGUUCAGACUCAGCUAUGCUAAACAUGAAAUCAUACCACCUGGCUGCUACCUGCCUCACAACCUGACUGGAAAGUGGGAGUCUUCAGGAAUAGGAGAGGCUCAGGUGGUCAUCAACUCUACCCACAUCACUGAGACCAUGUGGCGAGGGUACGCUGCCAAGACCACCACCUACACCUGUUUGGAGCAGCGAGGGAACCGUUACUUGAUGGCCAAGCAGAGUAUAGAAGGCUGCCAGACAGAGUACGUGUGUUGGGAGAUGGUUCCCCGCCACCACAACAUUGUGCGUUACCGAGUCAGCUGGGCUCUCAUCUACCAGGACUUCCAAGUGUGUGACUAUGCCAACUUCAGGAGUGGCCGGGAGUGGAAGUAUGACACUCUGAUUGCGGACUCCCCAGCCCCAGUCUCCUGUCCCUUUGGUGGGAGGUUCAUGUUCCAGCAGGAGGGAGGCUCACCUUUGCAGCCUCGCAUUGUAGGGGGCAUCACCUCCUCACCUCUCGACUCCUAUCACUGUCCAGUCCGCCGCACAGUCAUGUCGGUUUGUGACAGAGAGCGGAGGUGGAUUGAGAUUGAUUUGGAUCUGUGUGUGUCACUCAACAAGGACGGACACCCAAUAGAUUUUAAUAGUGUGAUAGACUACCGGCUGCAGUGUGUUGGCUUCUGGCAGGAGAACCUCUUGUCGUACCUGGUGACUCAUGACCCAUCUGAUUCUGUGUCCAGGUUCAGGUGUUGGGUAUACCAGCGGGUUAGUGACACACAGAUCCGCCUCUCACAAUCUGUUGGGGCAGCAUGUGGUCUGCGGCAAACCUUCAUGUCCUCCAACUUUACUGAGAGUGCCUCUGUGGCCCUAACCCUGACCCUCAAUGAACGCCUCUAUGACUACUGCCCCAUGUUUUAUGAUAAUGGUGCGAACCCAUGGCAGGAUCAGGAUCGAGCACUCACCAUCUUCACAUUCACUGACAGUGCAUGUCCCUCCAGUCUUGCCAGUAAGGUGAUUCUCCUCCUGCCAGUCUUGGUGCUCCUUAGAAGGUGAGACAGCCUGCUGCCCACCUUCAUCCUUCCCUUCUGUGGCUGUGAUCCCAGUGUGGCCAUCUGCAGGCAUCACUGGAGUCAUUCAUGAAGUAUUAUUUGUUAAGGUAAGGUGUGGUGAAGAUGAAGGAUGUCAAGUAUCAUUAAGGUAAGGUGUGGUGAAGAUCAAAGAUGUGAAGUAUCAUUAGGGUGAUGUGGAAAAGGAGAAAAUGUGACUUGUGAUGUGACUUCCCUCCCUGUCUCAGUUAUUAUUUUGUACUGUUUUUUUCAUUUUCUUUUUAUGCCUCAUCCUAUUAUAUUUAUUUUCUCUUCCUUGCUACUCCUAUUAUUAUUCAUUCUUGGUUUUUCUAUUAUUUACUACUUUUAACUUUGUUAGACAAACCUUGUAUUAUGAUGGUCAGUUACAUUUAUGGUAUUAUCUGAAGUAUUUAUCAUACCGAAUCUCAGGUUUAUCACAGUUGAUAGUCUGAUUACUUUUAAGUACUAUUAGUAUGUAGUAUUUAUUUGAACGUUAAAUUUUGCCUCUACUUGCAUCAUGCAGCACUUCAGUCAUACUCUGUUUUAAUUCUCAACUCUAGUUAUAAUCACUGGAAAGAAAGGCUCUUUUCAGCCUCCAUGAGUGAGUGAAUCAGAUCUCAUUAUAGUUUUAUCCAGGUGUUUGUCUGGUAAUGGUGAGUGAAAGAUAUUACUCAGGUUUUGUCUUUUACAUUUGGCUGAUAAAAUCUUGUAAACUGUCAUGGUGGUUUGUGGGACAUUUUUAUAGGAAACUGGUUUUAUUUAUAUCUGACUGGAACAUUUGGUCAGUUCUGCUGCUCAUUCAUCCGUCCAAGACUAGUCUGUCAACGAGCAAUCCUUGUCAUUUGUUCUUUCCGUCCAUUGGUAGCUUAGUGUAAGUGUGCCGACUUCUUGAUGAUCUCAGUUAUUUUAGUUCAUUGCCUUGUUCUGUUUUUUGUAUAUCUGUUCACCUUGUUUUCCAUUUUCUUAUUUAGCUUCCUACUUGUUUCUCAUCUCACUCACAUUCUUAAUUUCUUCUUUUCUUGUUCAUUUUCAUCUCUUUAUUUCUGCCUCUGUCUGGAGGUGUUACAACAUAUUGGAAAGUGAUUUUUCUUCCUGCUCUGUAUAUUGGGAAGAGUUUCUGCAGAUUGUGUUGUAUGUCUUAACAUUAAUUUUAUACAUUUUAUUCAGUAUUCAUGUGCAUAGUUGUAGUAUUUUUGUCAUGUUAGUAUAGUAUAUCUUGUUUGUAGCAUAUUUUUGUAUUUUGUAAGGUGUAACUUAUGGACUGGUUGAAUGGAAUGGUAUAGAUUAUUUACAAUAUGGCUGUCAGGAUAAGGUUUUGCUUGCUGGAUAGAUCCCAUGAUUGAUUCAGUUGUUCAUGUACAGGUUUUGUUUGUCGCAAGGCCUAAGGUUACUGUGAAGAAAAUGUCACCUCAUCCUCAUUAGAUUUCUGUACUGUUAACAUGACAUGAGCUGAUCAUUGAUUUUCUGGCAUUUCAUGAGCCUUGCCAGACUAUCAUCACUCCCAGAGUAAAGUGAUGCCUCCCCACAGCACACUCCAGUAGUAAUCACAUUCUAUACUCCUUCAUUAACACAUCUAUUAUAACAGUACAGUGAUUGAAAAACUAAGUAAAUGUUGCUGUGUAUAAGCCUGGUAGGGAGCAGGAACAUGCAAUACCACAUAUUAGCAUCUUGUUACCUGAUCUGAAGGUGGCCUGAGGUUAUUCAAUGCUAAAACAGAUUGGUCAGCCUGUAUCUCAUAAAAUGGUCCUAUAGGAUACUUUAUAAUAAGUCAGCUUUUGAGUUGUUUUAACAUUUUGUUUCAUCAUGUAUGUGCAUUACUGUGCUAUAAUAUGCAUUGAAGAUUUAAGCUGUGAAUCUGAAUUUUUUACGCAUGUGUAUAUGUAGUGCUGAUUGUUACUUGGUUUGAAUAUUCUGCUUGGUUGUCUCCUAGGUUGUGAUUUGGAAGUUAAAAGUAAUAGUCAUGAAUUUAUUAUUAGAGGCUUAGCAGUUGUCUCCUUAAUGUGCUUCAGAGUAUACUGGAGAAUUGUGAGGCUUUGCUGUAUAAGGAUAAGGAGUAUAGUCAUUCUUCUUGCUCAUUAGCCAGUUAAGUGAUGGUGUAAAUUACAAGUGCCCUUGAGCAUAAUGAAUUCUUGGUAUUUUAAACAACGAUGGCCAGCUGAUUAAUGUGUCAUUGAGUUAACACUUCCUUUCAUAAGUUCCUUUUCUUUCUUUUUUCAAAGGAGGCAAGUGGAGGUGUGUAAUUUAUUUGUUAAGUGCCUUAGAGCAUGGUGAUGAAUUGACAUGUAAAGGAUUUGUGAAGGAAAGCUAGUUUGUGAAUGAGAGGUGUGAGUCGUACCUGGUCUAUCAUUCCUACUUCCUCAGGCAGAUGUGGAGUGAAUGUAAACUUCCAAAUACAGUGAAAGAAUAUAAA